UAAUCGCUGUAAUAAUUCCCUGAACACCCACCUUGCUUCAGUUUCCCUGGCCCCAUCCCUCUCCAUGUACCAUAGAGAUUAACUAUGAGUUCGUUGGAAAUAAUGGAUGGGAAAGGGCAAAAAGGCAAUAGAGUGGUUUUAUUAGAAGAUAAGACCAGUCAGCCUAGAAAAAUAUCCUUUGGAACCAGGCUAAAUCCAUCACUAAGAUUCUGAACCCAAAACUCCAAGAUCACCAGUAACACUGGAUUCCAAUGCUGUCCUCUAUUUUUGUGUUUACAAUCAGGUUUUGACAAUAGCUCGAGUUCCCAACUAUAAGACCGAGUCAUCGUAGGAAGAAAAAACAUACAGCAGUCAAGAAAACAAUUAUAUGCAACUCACAUCUGCUAACUCAAACUGUGAGGGCCUGGGCUGCUUCUCAGCCCCAACUGUAGUCACGGCAGUGAUGAGCACCUUGCGAUGCACACUCGAGCAAUAUCAUUAAGCCGUAAGGAGCAGCUGAAUAACCUAACAAAAGAGAUAAGCUAUUUCAUUUUUUAGGUCCUUACAUAGUUUAUGCCUUUCCCUUUGGCUUAGUUUAAAUUAAAAACUCUGAUAUUUGGGGCAACGUCUUACCUUCUUUCUGCUGUGUCUGCUGAAUAAGGCAAAUAUUAGGAAGAAAAGCAUAGCAAGGAUGAUGGUUCUCUGAGUUGGGUUUGCUAUAGGAGCUUUAGCUGUCAGGGUCAGUCAGCUCAGCAAAUUAACGGGUUUUUUUGUUUUGUUUUUCUAGGCUAAAUGUUUUUGCUUCAAAAUUCCUUUCUUCCAGUUCUUGAGCUAAGGUGGCUGGGUACUUUGGGCUGCUGGGUCCUUUCAGGUGACAAGGGAGCUGAGGUUGGGGAGUACGGCUAGUGCUCAGGAGCUCCCUGAGCAGUUCUGGAGAUGACGACCAAAGUUUUGCAUCAACUUAAAUUUGCAGGUGAGGAAACACAAUCCUAAAGUGGAUCCAGUUCCCCAGCUAACCAGAUUGCUGACAUAAUGUGAUUUGCCUGAUUGGGUAUCAUCGUAGGCACAGGGGCGGGGGGGGGGGGGUGUUGGGUAAAUGGGGUUCAGAAUUUGGUGCAACAGACCUAGGUUUGAACAGAGCUCUGUUGCUGGGUGGCGGUGAGAUCUCUCACCCAGGUCCUCUGGAACCCUUGGCCGCCUCCUCUGUCCGCCAGCAGAGGUGGUGCGAGGCUUCCACCUGUGGCCCUGCGCCCUGGAAGCCCGGAGGCCGGUAUGGGCGCCGCGCCGACGCCCCCUGCCGGCCGGCCGGGCUCCCCGCGCUCGCUGGCCCGCGCCCAACGCUCCGCUCGUGGGACGCCCGCGGCCGGAUGCCCUGCAUCCGCACCCUCCUUGGCCUCUUGGCGGCCCUGGCGUCCUGUGGCGCCGUCGCCUUCCUGGGCUACUGCGUUUACUUCGACUGGAAGCGGCGUGGCGACCCCGCCUUCAAGCGCCGCCUGCGGGACAAAAGAAGAGCCCAGCCUCCAAAGGCUGAUGGACCCGGCGCCCAGCAGUGGGAUCCAGCAAGGAAUGAAAAGUUGCAAGAACUUUUUCUGCACCAAGUACAAAUGGGAGAGCUUUGGCUAUCUAGAGUUAGUGUUCCAGGCUACGUUGCAGUCUUGGAAGUGCCAAUGGAGAAGCAAAGCCAAAUGCUAGAACACCUCAUCUAUCGUCAGGAGAGCACAGAAUGGGGGUUGAACAUCUCAGCAAUGCCCUUUCAAUGUGUGGGCAACCACGGGAACUUCUGAAGGUUUUUAAACACACACUCCCUCCCAAGGUAUUUGAGAUGCUGUUACAUAAAAUUCCCCUGAUUUGCCAGGUGAGCACUUAUUUAUCUUUGUGAAAUGGGCAGAAUAAACAAAUUGGGCUUGGAUACAUAGAAAUAGCAAAGUAGAUGUGUGACUGGCCCAAAGUUUUAAAUGAGUAAAAUCUGAAUUUUUUAUUGCCUUUCUUGCCUUAAGGUGAAACAAGCCAAUUCUUUCAUGUUCCUUUGACUAUAAUGUAUUGUAUAUUUUGUUGAGAAUUGUUUCAGCAUUUCAGUUUUAAAGAUAGCAUUGUUAACAUUUUGUCGUUGUACUGUCAAAGAUACCACAAUUAUUGACCUACUGUACUGUCCAUGGAGGCCUUUAAGUUAAAUGGUAAUUGUUAUUUAAAUGUCCUAGUGCAGUGGUUCUCAACCUUGGCUGCACAUUAGAAUCACCUGGGAAUCUUUUUAAAAUCCUGAUUUCUGGGCCUCAUCCUCCAGAAAUUCUGUUUCUUUGUUAUGGGGUGGGGCCACAACAUUAGUAACAAAGAAACAGAAUUUCCAGAGGAUGAGGCCCAGAAACCAGGAUUUUAAAAAGAUUCCCAGGUGAUUCAAUGUGCAGCAAAGGUUGAGAACCACUGUCCUAGUGGCUUAAAAAUUAGAUGUAACAUAGAAAACAGUAAAUUAUCAAAGCAGAACACUUCUACUUUCCAUUAGUAUGACAAAACAUAGAUAUCACGUUGGUAAGUUUAAACAUAUAGGCUAAUCAGUGUUUUCUAAAGUAUACCUUGAUAAUAUCAAAUGAAAUCCUUUCAAAAGCUAAUUAUUAAUAGAUAUUAGUCCACUUACAUUUACCAAACUGCUUGAUAUGCUUAUGGAUCAACUAGAAUUUCCUAAAAAUGCUUGAAUUUUAGGACUCAUUUAGCCAUAAGACACUACUUUUAACUUUGGUUCACUUUUUAUUACACUGAUCACAUGGCUGAGAAUACACUAUGCAUUGUUGGUCUGACUCAGAAUCAUUCGCAUUAGACUCAGCUUCUGAACAAAACACAUUCCACUAGACUCGAAGUGGUUCUCAAUCUUCCUAAUGCCGCGACCCUUUAACACAGUUCCUCAUGUUGUGGUGACCCCCAACCAUAAAAUUAUUUUCGUUGCUACUUCAUAACUGUAAUUUUGCUACUGUUACAAAUCGUAAUGUAAAUAUCUGAUAUGCAGGAUGUAUUUUCAGGGGUCGUGACCCACAGGUUGAGAACCGCUGCUAGAGCCUAACAGUCAACUCAAAUAUUCCCAAGCUAGUCUCAGAUGGGUUGUUUCCUGAAAAUAUAUGGAAAUGUAGCUAGAAUAAGAAUGUGUAAUGCCCUCCCUGACACAGAAGAGAGGCAAGAAAAGGAUUGUGCAUUGAAAUGAUUAGUAACUAUUUUAUGUAUUUACCAGCAAUUUGAGGCAGACAUGAAUGAACAGGAAUACUUGGAAGAUGAUCCUGAUUGAAAAAACACUUCAACGUAUCCACAGUCCAUUCAGAAUACUAUAUUAUGAUAUAGCAUAAACAACUGCGCAGUGAUAUUUCCAUUUAUUUAACUUUUAGAAAUAAAAAUUUUUUCUAUCUCA